AUGUCCUCCACCAGUGCUCCGCCCACCACUAGUACACCAACCAUCAGCACCAGCCAUACCUGGACACAUCUCGUCAUAUUGCCAGUCCUCCUCGGCGGGAGUCUUCCUUCUCUGAAACAGACCACCGUCUCACGGCGCAAUCAUGGUGGUCAGACAUCCCAUGGUGAGACAACUUUUCAUAUUGACGGUGAAGGUCAUGAGGAAGAAGUGGCAGUACCGCCCGAGACUUACGCAGCUAUCGAGAGAUACCUGCGCUCGGUUGAAGAAGUGUGGGAACCGACGCUCGAUGUGCCUGCGUUGCCGCAAUGGGGAGAUCCAUCAGCAGCCUUUGAGCAAUGCACUACUCAAUCUCAAAUACGCCAUUUGAGCCUACUCUCAGAGCACACCGGCCGUGUCUAUACUAACGGAGACGAAGGUCGAGAAUGGCCGUUCACUUAUUGCCUUUACCCGAAUGCCCAGCAGUAUUUCAAUAAUGGCGGGGUGCUGCCUGGGCCAGAUGACCAGCCGCUCAAGUGGGAGGACUACAAAGACAGGAUGGAAUGGGCGGUGGAGAGUGCAAAGAAUUUGGAUGAGCUGGAUGCCGUCCCGGAAGGGACUGUCAAGCUUGCAUUUACAACCGAUAUCGUCCAGCCUACAAGGCUGAAGAGAAUCUCUCGUCCAGAGGGAGAGGAUGAUACGAACUCUCUGCAGUCCUGGAAGGUUUUGCAUCCCGAAAUAAGUGUCAAGAGUCGAGUCCAAGAUGAUUGCCCCGAAUGGAUCAGGAGGGAUGAAAGCGCGCAAGCCUCGUAUGACCGAUCGAUCUCUGCAGCGAUAGCAUCCUCAUACCAGCCCUCAGCCACCGUUCACCUGACACCACAAACAAGCGUUCUAGAGUUUCUGGACGAUACUAGUCAGAAUGAGCAUCUGUUGUUUGAUUAUGCAGCACACAAUGUGGCGGAGGAGGUGUCUUUCGGGGUGGGAGGAAAGUAUACAGAUGAAGAUGGGGAGGAGAUCGUGGAUGGGCUUUCGGUAAAAGCUGCUUGGAUUGAUCCUGAUACAUUUGAAGUACUUCGUGGAGAGCCACCCAGGAACUGGCAAUCUCAAGAUUCAAGGCGUUUCGAGUAUGAGAAGGAUAUCGAGAGGGGCCUUGAGACGAUGCGGAAAGAACUUGCAGAAGGGAGAAGCGCGGGGGAGAAUACCCAGCCUCACCCUCCCCCUCGCUCGCCCGUUCCCCGAGUCACGAAGAAUCUACCCCCAAACGGCGGAAAGGCAUCCACCAAGCGCCACCCACGCCCCCUUUCGCCGGGCUUCAGCCCCCACUUGCGCCCAUAUACGCCUAUAGCAGAAGUCGUCCAAGCCCCCGAACCUGCUUACCCUUACCAGUCCAUUCGAUCCCUCCACUCGCCUUCGAGGGGGACGACGCGGGCGAGGCUGUUACGUGCAGUGUCUUUCUCUGACGACGACGACACUGGAGGAGGCUCGAGAGCGAGUAUGCAAGAAAGCCUAGGUUUGGCGGUGGACAGCGGCCAGAAGGGAUCUAGAGGGAAGAAGGGGAGUUUGAGUUCUAUGGGGAUUGCUUUAGGGAUGGGGCUUGGUAUCGGUUUGGGGCAAGAAAAGUACCGUCCAUGGGAUCGGCUCGUGAACGAUGAGAUGUCAGACGAUACUCUCUCCGCACCUUCGUCGCCUGUUUUUCAUUCGCCUUCCCCAUUCGACUCCCCGCCCUCCUUAUCCAUCCCCACCACCCAAAACUCGAGCAACUCGUCUACUCCGGUGGGGCAUCGUGCCCCUCCGCCCUCGUCUUUCCCUGCUGCCUCGUUCCCACAUUCCCGGCGGCAGCCUGAACCGUCUACGUCUACUGCAACCGACUCGAUUGGUACAGCCAGUUCUCAGAUGUCGUCUUCUGAAGGGGGGAGGAGCAAGCGGCGGUUGAUCUUUCGUUCGCCGUCUCUGGGGAGCGGGAGUAUCAAGAAGGGGUUGAUGGGAAAGACGAAGCUGAGGAAAGUGAAGCGUGUAGAGGGAGGGUGGGAUAUGGUUAGAGAGGGAGAUUGGGAUACGGGAUGA